AUGAACCGCCAUCAAGGAGAGUGGAUCACCGUCGAGCCCAGCGAACUCUUCAAGGGUCUACACGUAGACCAGGGCGUGGUGCGCAUUCACAGACCACUCAUGAUGAAGCUGCUAGGAGCGGAACCGAACGUUGGAGCAAAUGUUGUCACGAAAAACGAGUUCAUGCGUGAGAUCCAGGCAGUCAAAGACGAAUUGAAGGCGCUCAAGAGUGACAUCAUGAAUGAGCGUCGCAGACAAUGGAAGCCGCCGGAGCGCCCACGGGGACCC